AGUACUAAGUUUUCUAUGUAGGAUCUGGAGCGUCCAAAGAUGUCUGUCCCUCCACCGGUCGUCCCCAGGAAGCCUUCAGGCGUCCGAGUCAUGCUGAGUCCAGAUGACCAGUCCCCGCCCAGCGUCCUGCCCGUGUACCCAGGCCCUGCCAAAGAGAUGGACCCCAGAUUAACCAACAACAACGGACAAUCGUCAGUGAACGCCGAAAGAGAAGUUGAAAUUUUGAACCACUGCUUUGACGACAUCGAGCGCUUCAUGGUGCGUCUCCAGCAAACAGCAGAGGCCCAGAGCGUUCUCAACCAGAGGAAGAAGAGAAAGAGCAGAAGGAAGGUGGAGAAGGAGGGUAAAGAGGAUGACCUGUUGACAUUGAAAGCCUGUCCUCCUCCAGAAGAAGAAUUUGUGGAUAUUUACCAAAAAAUUAAAUAUUCCUUCAGUCUGCUGGAUCGACUCAAGACAACAAUAUCAGACCCCAGCGCUCCAGAGCUCCUGCAUCACAUAUUUGUACCUCUUAAAUUGAUGGUGAAAACCACUGAACCGGAGCUGGGGGCAUCUGUGGUCAGUCCGGCCCUGACCGCGGGAGCUCUGUCUCUGCUCCAGGACCAGCUCACUGCAGAGGAGAGGGAGCUGUGGACGUCUCUGGGACACAACUGGACGUCAGCCCGGUCCCAUCUGGGCGUGUCCGUUCCUCCGUACUGCCCCGUGUUUCUGGACGGGUGGCAGCCUAAAGGGUUUGACUCGAGUGGUCAGCCUGUGGAGGACCCCAUAGAGUCUCAGCACAAGGAGGACAUGCUCACGGAGAGUCUGAUACAGCGAGGACAAGGCCCCGGGACACAGAUGGAGAGAUCUGAGGCUCCUGAUCAGACUGAAGGGAAUGGUUUGCCAGACGGGGAGCGCUUGUACUGCUGCAGUUAUGAUUUUGUGGCUCGUAACAGCAGUGAGCUCUCCGUCCUACAGGGGGAGACAUUAGAGGUCCUCGAAUCCUCCAAACGCUGGUGGAAGUGUCGUAAUCGUUUUGACCAGAUCGGCUUUGUCCCUCAUAAUAUUCUGGAGCCGCUGUCAGAACUUAACAAGACUGAAAAUAACGUGACUGUGGUGCGGAGAGAGACGAAGACAGCGUUGGUCCCCCGCUCCAGGUACUACUCCUACGCCCCCAGUAGUGCAGGAGAAAACAGUCCUACCUCUGAAAACCCACCGGCCCUGCAGAGUGAAGACGGCAGCAAAGAUGCAGCUUUGAUAAUAAACGACGAGCUCCUGGAGAGACUGGCUGGUCGGAGGGGGUCCACGCGCCCCCCGGUGGUCAGUAAAGCUGCAGACACCUCCUCCCCUCUGGACUAUCACUCCCCUGCUCCAGAGGUAAAGGCCUGGCUCCACAAUAAAGGAUUCAAUGAACAGACAGUGGAGAGUCUGGGCAUCCUAAACGGAGCGCAGCUGUUUUCUCUGAAUAAAGCUGAACUGUGCACAGUGUCACCACAAGAAGGCGCUAGAGUCUACAGCCAGAUCAUGGUUCAGAAGGCCCUGCUGGAGGAUGUCCGCAAAGCCUCUGAACUAGAAGCCGUCAUGGAGAAACAGAAACUGAAGAUUGGCUCUGCAGACGACGGCCUGGUGUGAAGGAAAAAAACGCACAAAUGAGCGACAAAAAGCCAAAAGAGCUGUAACUAUUAAUAUACUGUGAACGUUAAGAGAUUGAGUUCUGUCAAAAUAAAGAGCGUUGACUUGAUGCAACAAUCACAGGAUGCAUUUUUGGUUCCAGCUAAAUCAAAAAACAUCCAACUUUUUAACAUAUUGCUGAAAAUACGCUGCAUCAACAUUACAGUCAAACAUAGACUUUGAUAUUGACUUUCUGUGUUCCUAAACAAGCCACAGUAACGUUUAUUAAAGUGAUUAUUUUGAUAUGUUAGAAUGUGUUGUGCAGUACAGUUUUUAUGGUUUCUUAUAAGAAAUAUCCCAAAGAAAUGUACACAAAUGUUCAAUUGGAUUAUUAUAUUAAAAAUGGCUAAGUCUGUAAUUCUGCUCGAUGUUACUACACAGAUAAAAACAGCAGGUUAAAAUACAUAUGUCACGUUUUUAUGGUUUUAUAUUAUGACUUGGCUUGGAUAGAAUCUGUGGUAAACAUUUGAACAUGUGUGUGUGUAUAAAACUCCAUCCAAAAUGCACAAAGAAGAUUUACAUUUAAGGAAGGUACAGUUUAAACCUUCAAUUCUUAUUAGUUUUACCCUAACCACUGUAUAAUUUAGACUUAAAAGUAUUGCCAGGAAAUAAAAUUGUAAACUUCAUCAGAAAUUGAAAAGGAAAAAAACAUAAAUAGAUAAGAGUUUUUAAUUUUUUUAUUUGUGUCACCUAUGUUUGAGUGAAAUGAGCAGUGUAACCUGCCAUAUCCACUUUAAUCUCAAUUAUACAGACAAAUACAAUACAAUGUUGUGAUGUCGUUUGACGCCCAGUAACGAGGCACCAGCAGAGUUAAGUGCACAUGUAAUGAAUCUAUUUAAUAAACACAUUUUAAUCUGUUGGCUCAUAUAU